AUGGUUGUAGGCUUCCAGUGUGGCAGAAGCAAGGAGCCCACCGUCUUGUAUAUGUUUGCUGAGCCACCUCCAGCCGUUGGGAACGUGGCCUUCAGCCUGCUAACAGGUGGCCAAAUCCCACAGCCUGUGUGCCCACCUUGUGCUAUGUCUUAUCGGGACCCACCUGGGAAUGGAUACACCUGUCCCAUGUACAACCCCACAGAUGUGGCCCUGACCGUGACCCCAGCCACGCGGGGAAGUUCAGCUGUUGACAGGGGUGACCACAGACUGUGCUGUGACAGCAAAACCCUUCCAAUUGAAAAGAUUGUGAACUAUUUCAAUGGGUCCCAGUGCCCAAGUUUGAGAGGAAAACCCAAACUCUUCUUCAUCCAGGCGUGUGGAGGAGAAGAAAAGGACCAUGGAUUUGAGGUGGGCUGUGAAUCACCCCAAGAUGAAACUUGCCGAGGUUGCGUAGAGUCGGAUGCGAUUCCUUUCCAGGCUCCAUCGGGGAGUUUGGACGAGCCGGACGCCGUUGCCAGUUUGCCCACUCCUGGUGACAUCUUGGUGUCCUACUCAACCUUUCCAGGUUUUGUGUCCUGGAGGGACAAGGUGAGUGGCUCGUGGUAUGUGGAAACCCUGGACAGUGUGCUGGAACAUUAUGCCCGUUCUGAAGACCUGCUAACCAUGCUGCUCCGGGUGUCAGACAUCGUGUCCACCAAGGGGAAGUACAAGCAGAUCCCAGGCUGUUUCAACUUUCUACGUAAGAGAUUCUUCUUCCUGUGCAAAUGAUGUGGGGUUGUCGACGUCCCAGUCAACGUGAGGGACAGCUUCCCUGUGGCUGGAUGAAAGCUGUCCCUGCUGUGACUUGAACCAGGUGCUCCUGGUGACUGCUGUCUGGCUUUGGAGGGGUCUCUGCUGAGAAACGCAAUCUGUGAGUGCUGUGGUUGGGGUGAUCACCCCCAAGAUGAGGAGUGGCCCUGUCCC